UUCCCGAAAAACAGGCAUCAUGAUCAGCGACUCCUAAAGUGCCUUUUCAGAUCGAAAAUAUCAAUUAAAGUUCACCCGUCUCAACCCGAAUCCCCUGAGAAAUGGCGACAGCGUACGUCAAGGAUGACGAAGGAGGAACAUUUAUUCCAGCGAGCCAGCGCCCUGACGGUUCAUGGAGGAAACCAAGAAGAGUAAAGGAUGGCUACGUUCCGCAAGAAGAAGUCCCUUUAUACGAGAGUUUGGGGAAACAAUUCUCGAAGAAUAAGAUAAAUUAUCCAGUGGGAAUGUCCGCGGAGUACGUAGCAGCGCACAAAGCAAAAGUGGAUGCACAACACGGGAAAUGCCCAAUCCCAGGUAUGAUUGUGGUUAACGAACCAAAGAAGAAGAAAAAGAAAAGCAAGAGCAAAGCCGUGAAUUCCCUCGCUGAGGAUAUCGCUAAAACGUCUAUAACCGAGCUAGAGCCCAGUAAGUCUCAGCAGAAUGCAAAACCUGGGAAAUCUCAGCCAGCGCCUCCAGCGCGACAAGAUGGCGCAUCAUUGCUCAGUGAUAGUAUGAAGAGGCUGAAGAAUCUCAGGAAAAAAUUGAGAGAAAUUGAGACUCUCGAGGGGAAAAUCAAGAGUGGCGAAAUAAAGAAUCCGGAGAAAGAGAUGACGGAUAAAGUUGCGAGGAAAAAAGAUGUCUUGGACGAGAUUAAAUUAUUGGAGUCAAACCAAUAAAUCGGAUGAUUACUAUAUAUCUUUGUACAUUGAACUUUCGGAAAGGUUUUAUGAAUUAAUUUUGACGAUGAAGAAUUAUUUUAUUUCCUGUAUAGACACAUAAUAAUAAUACAAUUUUUAACUGUAAUUUUUUUCAAAUCAACUUUUAAAAGGGAAAUGACAAACACGUUUCCGGCAUUUUUUAGACUUAAAAAAAGUUUAUAAUUUUUUAAAUCAUGGAAAUAUGUAGAUUUAUAGAAAAAGAAGAAGUCAAGUUUCACAGUGCUGUUGACUUUGCAUUGAUCUCAGAAACGAGUUGACUUGUCUUAGAAGAAUUGACAUAACUCGAGAAAAUAAGAUGAAAAGACGUAACUCAACAAAAUUUUCGCUAGAUACCGGUCAAAGAAAUAUCUAUGUAGGAAAGAUUGCCUAUUUUCUUCUAAAUACUGCAUCCUAUAUACAUCGAUUGAAGAUAAACCUAUUUCGUUGAAUGAGUAAUCAUAAUUUCUCGUACUAGUAUAUCAUCAGAUUUGUAUUGAGUUACGUAUUCGUUAAGGCGGCUCGAGCACAGCUAUAUAUAUUGAGAAAAGCGAGCAGUUUUUGAAACAUCUCCACACUUUUAUGAUUGAAUAGGAAAUACGAUCCUUAGCUAGAAAUGUAUUUUUAUCCGGCUGCGGCCGAAUUGGAUCAUAGGUCGUUUCUCAGUUGGAAAAUGAGGUAAAUCAUAAUGCAAACCUGUGAGUUGGUUUGCCAGCCAAGCUCUUAUGGACUUGUCUCCCAACAAUGAGAACUAAAAAGUUUUUUGAGAAGUACGUCUUUACUUGUAUCAAGAAAGCCAUCACUGGAAAAUUUUCAAGAACAAAAUAUCUCGCACUGAGAAAAAAAAACAUCCGUCAAGAAAUUCGGUAAUUGUCAGAAAGAUGAGGGUAAUUUCUUCCUAUGAUAAAAAAGCGACUUCUCAAACUAAGUCAAGGGAUUUUCACAUUCACAUAUUUUGAAUUUGAGGAAGAAAACUAUUGCACAAAUUGAUUCAACUAGACUUGGGUUGAGAAAUCACUUACUUCUUAUUAACAAAUUGUCCUCGUUUUCAGGACGAGUGUCAAAUCUUUUGACGAACGCUUUUUUUCUGAGUGUAAGAGUUUUUGAUCUUGAAAAUUUUCGAGCCAUGAGUUUCUUGAUGCAAGUAAAGAUGUUUUUCUCAAGAAAUAGUAUACUUCAGGGCGAUUGCCAUGGGGUUUUUUUUCUCGCGUGGACGUCCGGGCGGAAGGCGAGGACUGGCCAACCGCGUAAAUAAAAAAACCCCAUGGCACUAGUCGUGAACGAUGUUUUUCCGUAGUGAU